AUGGAAGACUGUAUCCUGUGUCGUGUUCCAACUGAGAAUCGGCGAAUUUAUAACUGGACUUCUCGAGAAAGAGACCAUCUUGAUAUUGCUCGUGAUCGAAGAAUUGGUGCAACGGCAGAAAGGACAGAUCGACGUCGUGUUCAAGAAGCAGAUGAGCAAGUUGGCCAAGAGGAUAAUCCACCUGAAAAUCCAGCUUCAAGACCAACAUUAUUGGAUUUGCCGGGUCUUCUUCGCGCACCAAAUACGGCAAAUAGUAUAUUCCAACACUGUAGUGAUGAGUCAGAAUACCCAAGAAUGAAUGAGCUCGACUUGUUUUUAUUCGCCCUCGGCGUAUACCAAUUGAAACAGGCAAAGAACUAUUACGGCGAACACAUUCUUGACAACGAAUCCUUCAGAAUAGAACUCGGUAAUGAUUUGCCUGAUGAACACCUGAGAGAAUUACAGGAGCAGGAAAACGACCUAUGA